AUGUCCAUUACUUGGGCUGACAGAAUCAACGCCCGAGUGGCCAACUCUGCCUUUGGCAGAUGGUUCCACCUUGAGGGUUCGGGCCACCCUAAGGAGCGCGAGGGCUCUCGUUUUCUCACUGAGAUCCGCGCUGGGUUAACCACAUGGGCCGCGAUGGCGUAUAUUAUCUCGGUCAACGCCUCCAUUCUCGCCGACUCGGGAGGAACCUGCGUCUGCACGAACGCAGAGGACCCCAUCUGCGCGACUGACCAGGACUAUGCAAACUGCGUGGCGGAGGUUAACCGGGAUUUGAUCACGACAACUGCGGCCAUUGCAGCACUGUCGAGCUUCUUAAUGGGUGCACUGGCGAAUUUACCGAUUGGCAUGGCCCCUGGUCUGGGUCUCAACGCCUACUUCACCUACUCCGUAGUCGGCUUCCACGGCUCGGGCAUCAUCAGCUACCGCGAGGCCCUCGCCGCCGUCUUCCUCGAGGGCUGGAUCUUCUUCGUGCUCUCCCUCCUCGGCCUGCGCCAAUGGCUCACGCGCAUCAUGCCACAGUCGCUCGUCGUCGCCGUCGGCGCCGGCAUCGGCCUCUUCAUCGCCUUUAUCGGGCUGAGCUCGAGCGGGCUGGGCGUCAUCGGCGGCGACACGACCAACCUCGUCGGGCUCGGCGGGUGCACUGCGGACAACAUGUACGAGGGGCUCUCGGGGUACUGCCAGCACGGGCAGCUGCGCAGCCCGACGAUGUGGUUGGGCAUCUUCACGGGCGGAAUCCUCACCGUGCUAAUGAUGCUGUACCGCGUCAAGGGCGCGAUUUUAAUUGGGAUCUUCAUUACAAGCAUCAUCAGCUGGCCGAGGAAUAGCGCGGUCACGUACUUCCCGCACACGGAGAGCGGUGAUGUGCUGUUCGAUUUCUUCAAGAAGGUCGUCACUUGGCACCCGAUUGAAAAAAUCGGGAACGCGAUUGACUGGCACUAUGGCAAAGGCAAGGUGUGGUACGCCCUCAUCACUUUCCUCUAUGUGGAUAUCCUCGAUACCACUGGUACACUGUACUCCAUGGCCAAGUUCGCAGGCCUCCGGGAUCCCGUAACCCUGGACUUUGAGAACUCGACGAUCGCGUACUGCGUCGACGCCUUCUCCAUCAGCAUGGGUGCGCUCAUGGGCACGAGCCCGGUCACCGCGUUUAUCGAGAGCGCCACCGGUAUCUCUGAGGGCGGGAAGACGGGCAUUACUGCAAUCGUCACUGGCUUUGCGUUCUUCAUCUGUGUGUUCUUCGCGCCCAUUUUUGCGAGUAUCCCGAGCUGGGCGACGGGGGGCGCGCUGGUCCUUGUCGGCAGUAUGAUGAUCAGGAACGUCCGGGAGAUCAAUUGGGAUUACGCGGGUGAUGCCGUCCCGGCGUUCUUGACCCUCAUCAUCAUCCCUCUCUCGUACAACAUCGCAUACGGUGUCAUCGCUGGUGUCGGCUCGUACAUCGCCAUCAACGGCAUCCCAUGGUUGCUGAAGAAAGCGAGCAGGGGGAGGAUCGUGCCGGCCACCUACGACCUGUCGGAAGGCUGGACAAUCCCCCCCGGUGGCCUCAUGCCCUACUGGAUGUUAGUAUCUGCUCGCACUCUGUUCCUGUAA